AUGAAAAGCCUGUUGCUUAUCGUGGUUCUUAGUCUCCUGGCUGUGGGUUAUGCCAGGGACCAGGAAGCAGAACUUGCAAUCCGAGGGGGCGAAAAAGGUAAUCAUACUAAGAAGGGGUCCGAGGGCUACUCCCACGGUGAAAUUUUGAUGGUUAAGUGUUCGGAAAUGGCACGAAAUAGUAACAAAACAUUUUUUUUUCGAUAACUAACAGUAAUGUAAGUUUUACACUUUUAGCUAUUUCAAUAUCCUGAGAGGAAGCUAAACAGCCCUAUUUUCACCUCGUCUCAUUCAAGGACUGAGCAAAUUUUAGACUUUUCAAGCUUCCUUGUCCCCGGUCGUUCUCUCUCCCUUCCGCGUAUCGCCUUUCUCGCGUGGGGUGAUUUUCACAUGCGCUCGCGUUUCGCUCGCUCAACUCUUCCUGAGGAAAAAUGAGGACUACUCGUAAUCUACUCGUGAUCACUUUUGGGGGAUAUUCGAGGUAAUAAGCCAUGCACUUCCUCCCGUAAGGAUCAGUUUACUGUUUUAAUUUCAAACUUUGGUCAGUGAAGAAAAAAAGAGAGACAUAAAAAGAUUGUGUUAAUUAGAAACUUUAAUCGCCGGGAAUGAAUUGCCAAAAUGUCUCUGAGUAAUCAAUAAUUAAAGAGCUUCCGUUAAGUGGAAGGGUUCUGUCUCCUGAAAGGGCUUUUUAAAAAACUCGAAUAAAAAAUCUUGAAGUAGGGAUAUAUAACGUACAACAAGCCAAUUCGCCCCGGCCGACUCCUUCCCCCCCGGCCCACUCCUCCCCCCCGGCCCACUCCUUCCCACCCGGCCAACUCCUUUUCCCCCGGCCCACUCCUUUCCCCCUGGCCCACUCCUUCCUACCCGGCCCACUCCUCCCCCCCGGCCCACUCCUUCCCCCCCGGCCCACUCCUUUCCCCACUCCUUUCCCACCCGGCCCACUCCUUCCCACCCGGCCAACUCCUUUUCCCCGGCCCCCUCCUUUCCCCUGGCCCCUCCUUCCUACCCGGCCCCUCCUCCCCCCCCUCCUUUCCCCCCCCGGCCCCUCCUUCCCCCGGCCCCUCCUUCCCCCCGGCCUACUCCUUCCCCGGCCCCCUCCUUUCCCCACUCCUUUCCCCCCCGGCCCACUCCUUCCCCCCCGGCCCACUCCUUCUCCCCCGGCCCCUCCAGUCAAACUGUACACGAAAGGGAUAAGAAAUCAAUUUAUAUUUUAACAGGCAACUCUUGUACGAGAAAAGGAGGCAUGUGCAUCAAAGGUAAAAAUAAACCCUGCCCAAACGGUUAUGAAGCAUGCGGAUACUCCUGUGGGAAAAGGAAGAAGUACAAGAAAAAAAGAUGCUGCUGCUUGAUACCUACGCCUACCCCGGAGCCAAGUGCGUAGUAAUAAUUAGUGUAAUAGUAGUAAUAAUUAACCUAAUAGUAGGUAGUAAUAAUUAGCCUAAUUUAAAUACUAUAUUAUAUUCGUAAUAAUUAGCCUGUGUAAUCAAAUAGUGACAAGUGGAAAUAGGAUGAAAUACACGCCCGUUUUGUCCAAAUUCUAAGACAUUUUAAGCCUUUACACCUAUUAAUAUCAUGGGUAACAAACUGAAGGCCUAAAUUUUUUUUCCUCUAUUCUCUAACUUUUUCGAAAAAAUACCUGUUAGAAUUCUCGAUGCGCUGUUUCGUGUUUUUAGGUUUUCGAAAGAGUCUUUUAAGGGACCUGACAUCUUCAUUCAUAACCGGUUUAAAACCUUGACGCCAUCUUGGCACUGAGACGUACUGAACGUCAUUGUAUUAUAGCAAUUUUGUACUCGGCUUCCGAUGUGAAAUUUUAUUUUCGUACCAAAAUUAAGGAAUAAUGCUUAUCAAGGUUCGUCGUUUUCCAAACCUUAUUUCAUUAGAAAGACUUACAAGGAAAAUUAUGUUUUGUAUCUCGCUUUAGCUUGUCCAGAGGGCUGGGUUGAAAACGGAAAUCAGUGCUACUUUAUACUCCACGAACAGAAGAAUACAUUUGAGGGAUUUUACCUAUGCAAGCAACUCGGAGCAACCCUGCCAAUCAUCAAAUCAGCCGAGCAGAACGCCUUUCUUUUGAGUCUGAUGGAGGGAAAAGGUAUUCCACGGCUUGGAAUGAUAGCACCUAAGGGCGACAACGUCUUUGAAUGGCUCGAUGGAACGGCAGUGGCCGAUACCUUCUCUGCAUGGAUUACCGGUGAGCCUAACCAUCCUGGAGAUGAGAACUGUGGGGUUAUGUACGUCAGCGGAAGUGACAAAGGAAAUUGGAAUAACGAUGGCUGUAAGGGAUCCUGGCAUAUUGUUUGCCAGAUGGAGAAAAAAUGAGUCUGGCCCAAAGCUGCCGUGAAUCUACUGAAAUUGUAGCCUUUAUAGGCUAGUCUCACAUGUAGAAUUAUAGUGGGCGAUCAAUACUCAGUGAGCCAAACCUAACAAAGAAAUAAAGGUGUUGGGAGAUAUUACUUGUUGUAGACCAUCAUUUGUUUGUAUUUUUGGAUAAUAAAUUUAAUUUAGC